UAAAAACAUUUAUUCAAUCGAGACUCUUAAAAAAAUGAACUGGCCAUCACUUCAGUAAACCUAACCAACCUAGAUAGCACUUCAGAUUAACACUUGCACUUUGUUUUUCAAGUUCUUUGUUUCCCUUCAAAACCUUCUUCAACAUUUGUUUUUGUUUAAUAUACGCAUACAGACGUUCAAAUACGUGUAUAAUAUACGGUAUAUAUAUACCACCUGAAACAAUGGGUUGCACUGUGUCUAAACUCGACAACGAAGAAACGGUACGACGGUGCAAAGAACGCCGCCGUCUCAUGAAGGAAGCACUUUACGCUCGCCACUACCUCGCAGCGGCUCAUUCUGAUUACUGUAACUCUCUUCGCCUCACCGGUUCCGCACUCUCCACUUUCGCCGCCGGUGAACCUCUCUCCGUCUCCGACGACAUUCCCGCUGUUUUCAUCAACACAGUUAAAACUUGUCAGACACCGCCACCUCCUCCUACUCCUUCCGCCGUAACAAACACAAAACUCCGUACAGUUUCUGAAAUACGUCGCCGGAAAAUUCCGGUGAAGCUUCCUCACAUUCUUUCCGAUUCAAGCGUUUGUUCAACGCCGAGAAGCGAUUUUCCGAACUGGUUCAUUCCAACCGCGCAUCAAAAUGAAUCAACAGCUUCUGAAACUUCUUCUGUUUGGAAUUGGGAGAAUUUUCAACCUCCUCCUUCUCCACCAAACUCCGAAUAUUUCCGGCAACGUUCUCAACCGCCGAAUCACAAACUGGAAAAUCCAGAAUCCGAUACAUCAUCAGAAUCGUUCUACAACAUGUUCCACUCGAAAAUUCAUCUUCAGAAUCACAAGACUGAAACGGAACAAGAACUAGAUCGUUUGGAAACGGAACGUGAGGAGGUUCGGUGUAGUGAUUGGGAGGAUUGUUAUCGUUCAACAAGCUCAUCAGAUAGAGAUGAAGUUAUCGCCGGUUUGAAGUCAUCGGAAAAAUCACCGGAGUUUGUUGCCGGCGUUGAGGUUCCGGUGAGAAAAGACGAGGAGGUGAAUGUGGAAAAGGUGAAGAUGAAGCAUAAGGAUUUGAAAGAGAUUGUUGAAGUGAUAAGAGAUAAUUUUGAGAAAGCGGCGGUGGCCGGAGAUCGGUUAUCGGAGAUUUUGCAGAUUAGUAGGGCUCAACUUGAUCGGAGUUUCAGUCAAUUGAAGAAAAUAGUUUAUCACUCUAGUAAUAUACUGAGCAAAGUGAGCUCAACUUGGACCUCUAAGCCACCAUUAGCAGUUAAAUACCGGUUCGACGCUGGUUCACUUGAAGGACCGGGCGGUCCAAAGAGCCUCUGCUCAACUUUGGACCGGCUUUUGGCAUGGGAAAACAAACUCUUUCAGGAAGUGAAGGCUAGAGAAGGUGUGAAGAUUGAGCAUGAAAGGAAAUUGUCAACUCUGCAGAGUGAAGAAUGCAAAGGAGGUGAUGACGAAACAAAGAUAGACAAAACCAAGGCUACCAUAACAAGGUUACAGUCACUAAUUAUUGUAACAUCUCAGGCUGUGUCUACUACCUCAGCUGCCAUCAAUGGUCUAAGAGACUCUGAUCUUGUUCCUCAGCUUGUUGAGCUUUGUCAUGGAAUCAUUUACAUGUGGAGAUCAAUGCACCAGUACCAUGAAAUGCAAAGCAACAUUGUACAACAAGUCCGUGGCCUUGUGAAUCGAUCAACGAAAGGUCACUCAACAUCCGAAUCACACAAACAGGCAACUCGAGAUCUCGAAUCAGCUCUGUCAGCUUGGCAUUCAAGUUUUAUCCGGAUCAUAAAAUUUCAAAGAGACUUUAUUUUGUCACUACAUGGUUGGUUUAAGCUGAAUCUUAUUCCAGUCAACAAUGACAACAACAACAGCAGCAUUAGCAACAAAAUGGAACCAUCUGAUGCACUUUCCUUUUGUGAUGGAUGGAAACUAGCCCUUGACCGUGUUCCGGACACUGUCGCUUCGGAAGCAAUCAAAAGCUUCAUCAAUGUUGUUCACGUAAUAUCAGUUAAGCAAUGUCAAGAACUCAAGAUUAAAAGGAAAACUGACACUGCUUACAAGGAACUUGUGAAAAAAUCUUCAUCUCUAAAAAACAUAGAAAAGAAGUUUUACAACUCAUAUUCUAUGGUUGGUAUUGGAAAAAUUCCAAACUCUGUGGAAGAUAUUGGACAAGGCUUGGAUGCAAGAGACCCUCUUGCUGAGAAAAAAUUGGAACUUGAAGCUUGUCAAAGACGUGUCGACGAUGAAAAGUUGAAGCAUUCAAAGGCUAUUGAGGUUACAAGAGCUAUGACACUUAAUAAUCUACAGACAGGUUUGCCUGGAAUGUUUCAGGCAUUGACAAGUUUUUCUUCAUUGUUUAUUGAAGCUCUUGAAUCAGUAUGUGACCGUUCAUAUGCCAUAAAGUAGGUAAUUUAUAAUUAAUCUGUUCUGCUUUGGCUUUUGGGGGGUGUGAGUUCAGUAUAAAGGCUGAUUUUUUCUGGCACUGCCUCUUAUUUUUCUUAGUUCUAACUGUUUUGUUGUAAAUACCAAGAAUUUUGUGAUUCUA